AUGGAAGAUAAUCCUCAUUUUGCAUUUAAACUGGAGGCAUCGGUACGAAGUCCGAGUUUAAAUGUGACUAUAAGAGCAGAUGCCUCCUCAAGUAACAUUGUUUACGUAAACAAUACACACAAAGGCAACAAAGUAGACGCUUACGUGUACGUAAAGACUGAUUUGGACAGAGAGAUGAAAUCUACCUGGACUCUUAUUUUCAUCGCCGAAAGUAGCAACUCUAAUGUUCCUCAUGUUAUUGAAACUAUCACACUCAGUCUUGUUGACGUGAAUGAUGAAAGUCCUGUCUUUAGUCCUCCUGCGUACCAAAUCAUUAUACCAGAGGACUAUACUGUCUACACCAGAGUUGAAAAUUUAAAAAUCGUUGCGAAGGACCCAGACAAUGGACUAGGAGGACAUGUAACAUACAGCAUAAAGCCAACUGGUCAGGCGGAGGAAUUGUACAAAGGUUAUUUCUCUAUUCACGUAGAGAACGAGGGAUCAUACCUAAAACUGCAGAAACAACUGGACUAUGAAACAUUAACGUUUUUACAAUACCAAAUAAUCGCAACGGAUGGGGAAGAACCCUUUCACAACAGUACAGCUGAGCUUCUCGUAAAAGUAAAAGAUGUGCAAGAUAAACCACCAGAGUUCCAGGGAUUACCGUACAUCAAAAGUGUCUUUGAAAAUGUUACUGGGGUCAUAUUUACCGUGAACGCAUUGGAUGGGGAUCUUGGUAUACCGAGGUCUGUCAAAUACGGACUUAUAAAUGAUUCAUGUGCCAGUUACUUUAGUAUCAAUGAAACAACUGGCGAAGUAAUUGUUCAGAAAACGUUAGACAGAGACAGUGGGGAAAUCCAUGAUCUCCGAGGUGUUUGUUCUAUUAAAGUAGAGGCCUUUGAAAUAAAUACGGACAAAGCUAACGAGACACGGUCUGUCACUGAUUUGACACUCACUAUUAAUGACGUAAAUGAUAACCCACCAACUUUCUCUAACGGAACCUAUGAAGGCUUUGUAUCCGAGAAUACGACUGGAAUUUCUAUAACAUUCAACGAGAACAUCCUAGUGGAAGAUAUUGACCAGAAUAGACACAACACGAUAAACUUAUCAGUGUUUUACUCCAACAUGACAGCACAAGAUAGCGUGCAAGCAUCGCCUGGAGAGAUUAUAGGAAAAGGAAUAGUAAUACUCCGUGUUAUCAAACCAUUUGACUUUGAAAAAGAAAGGGAAAUUGAGCUUGUGGUGAAGGCAGAAGACAAAGAAAACCCAUCUCUUUUUAACACAAGUAAUAUCACAAUAAGGAUCAAAGACACAAAUGAUAAUGAUCCAGUAUUUAAGAAUGAAACGUAUGAGUUUUACAUAAAUGAAAACAGCUGUCAGGACACAGCAGUUGGCACAAUAGAGGCUUCUGAUGCCGAUUGUGGUGAAUUUGGAAAUAUUUCAUACGGAAUAAAUGGACCAAACAACGGGUUUGGUAUAGAUAGAAAAAGCGGAAAUAUCUACGUGGCAUCAAAUAAAAGUUGCAGAUGCUUAAAUAUAAGUUGUGAAGAGAGUCUACUGGACAGGGAGAAGAUCCCGAUGUAUUACCUGACAAUGGAGGCUCGAGAUGGAGGGGGGAGGCGAACUCCUGUAUCUGUUGUCAUUCAUCUUAAAGACGAAAAUGACAAUCCCCCUGAGUUUCGAGACAAGUCAUAUGAAUUUAGCAUAAAAGAAAAUUCUUAUGUUUUUUCAUCUGGAAAGAAAACUGCCGUUCUAACGGCAUCAGACAAAGAUGAGGAUUUAACCCCUAACAGUCGCAUAUCUUUCUGUAUGUUGGAUAAAAGUAACGAAUGUGCUUAUGAUUCAUACUUCAAAAUGGACAAUAAUGGAACCAUGACGUUGAUAAAACAGCUGGAUUUUGAAAAUUUAACCAAGUCGUCUAACCCACAAUAUAGAGAGCUUAUUUUGAAGGUCAUGGCAUAUGAUCAUGGCAAUAAAUCAAUGAAUUCAACAGUAAAUGUGACGAUUAUUGUACAGGAUGAAAAUGACAACAAUCCAACUUUCAGUGAAAACUAUAAAAGAAGUGUUAAAGAAAACUCGCCUUCGGGGACACAUAUAUUAAGUGUAUCAGCUGAAGAUGAUGACGGGACAGCCCCGAACAACGAAGUUUCAUAUUUCAUUUUCUUGGGAGGCUCUGACCAGUUUAAAAUGGAUGGAAAUUCAGGAAAUCUAUCAGUUCAAAUUGGCGCAAAAUUAGACAGGGAGAGUGUUUCAAGUUAUAAUCUAACGAUCAUUGCCAUUGACAAAGGAAAUCCUCAAAGAACCGGAACUACAAAUGUUACCCUGAUAAUAGAUGAUAUAAAUGACACGCCUCCUGAACUUCUGAAUCUUCCCGACAGUAUCAAACUUGAGGAAAAUUGCACAGAUAACAAAGUAAUAUUCAGAUGCAAUGGCUCCGAUAAAGACAUCGAUUCAUUGCUUUGGUAUUCAAUUGAAAUUAAAGAAGCUUAUGAUCACCUCGGUAAAGAAUUCAACGUUUCUAAGGACUAUUUUACGAUCAAUAAUACAACAGGAGAAAUACAUGCAAAUAUGAUUGAUGCGGAGAAGGAAUCUUCAUUUAUUUUGAGCGUUGUCGUAAAAGACACAAAAACACAUGAGAAUUACUCUGCUACUGCCAAAGCUAAGCUCACUGUUAACGUAACUGACAAAAACGACAACCCACCUGUGUUCACAGCUAAAUCAUUAUCUGCUGGAAUUCUACGAAGCUCCCCGUAUAACACAAUAGUAUUGGACUUAAAAAAGUUUGUUAGGGAUCAAGAUAUUACUGAAAAACACAGGUUACAUAAAUUCUACAUGUCUUCCAUAAAAAACCACGGAGUGAAGAAUAAUUCUAACGUUAUAACCACAAGCUGUAAGAAGGCAUUCUGUGUGACUGAGAACGGCACUGUCGUUUCUAAUUUCUUAUUCACCGGAAAAGGAAGCAUUGAACUAAAUAUCAGAGUUAAUGAUACAGCAGGAUCCAGCGACACAACGUUAGAUAUUUAUAUCAUCGAUGAAUCACAACAACUUUCAAUGCAUUUUCAAAGACCGAAAAACGACGUUAAUAAAGUGCAAGAGGAUGUAUUGAGGACUUUAUCAGCUAAAAUCGGUUACAAAUGUGUGUUUGAUGAAAUUAAUCCAUAUCAAGACACAGAAGGAAAUAUAAUUGAAUUUCAAUCACUGUUAACAUUCCACGUCAUAGAUGAAAAGAAAAGAGAAGUAUUGGAUGCAAUCUUUGUACAAGGCGUUCUAGAUAAGCAUGGGGACGACUUAAAAGAAUUGCGAAACCAUUACGGAGUGGCUGCCAUUGGUGCAUUACAGAUAACUGAUGUAGAAGAUAAGGGCAGCAAAAUUAAGGAGACGUAUAUACUAGUGGCAGUUAUUGUUCUUUUAACACUAAUACUAGGAAUUGUCAUCUACUUCUACGUAACGUCGAUCUCAAAAUCUAAAAGAAAGUUGAAGGCUGCGACUAUAUCAUCCACGGAGAAGAAAAAUGGUCAAAGUUUGGGAGAUGCUAUUAUCCCAGGCAGCAACAUAUUUUCGAAAAAUAGGAACCCUUUAAUCGAUAAAGACGAGGAAGUACAAAGAACAAUCGGUUACCAGGAUAAUACAAGCUUGGCGGGAAGCGAAGAUUCUUUGGACUGCAAUGAAGUAGAAUACGACAAAAGUAACUACUUCCUCGAGAAAGACCCAGUAGAAGAAAAGGAGGCGGUUCUGGAGAUGUAUGGAGAGGAUGGGGGAGUUCCUGUCGGUAACGAUGAUGACAUGGCAUUGUUAAAACAAGCACUGCAACAACACGAGUUAACUACAGAGAAUGGGAAUGGGGGAUCAAAGGGUGGGGGGUUAGAUGUCAUACAGGGGAAAGUCAACGAGGGGUACGAAAUAGUUGAGGCCACGGAUGUUUGAUUUUGGUUUGAUUGAUUGAUUGAACAAUUUGGGGCAGAAAUAAUUACUAUAUCAUAAAUAUAUAAGUGAACAAUUUAGAGACAGAUGCAUUUUUUUGCCUAUUUUAAACACCAAUUAAAAAUUUAGAGACGAAAUUAAUUCCUUCAUCACAAUAAUAAAUAACUAUAUCACGUA